AUGCCUGGGUCCUGCGGAGAGGCCUGGGGUCUGACACCUGCCAAGAGGAGGAAGGGAAAAGUCAGGUCCCUACCUGCCCCUACAGAUGCUGCCGGUGCCAUGAACUCCCCAGAAGGGACCAGCUUUCCGGCCGGGCUGCUCUCAGGGGGCGCCUCCCCCAGUGGUGACGAGGGCUUCUUCCCCUUCGUGCUGGAGCGGCGGGACUCAUUCCUGGGAGGGGGCCCAGGGCCUGAGGAGCCGGAGGACCUGGCCUUGCAGCUGCAGCAGAAGGAGAAAGACCUGCUGUUGGCAGCGGAGCUCGGCAAGAUGCUUCUGGAACGAAACGAGGAGCUGCAGCGGCAGCUGGACACGCUGAGCGCCCAGCAUGCUGAGCGUGAAGAACAGCUGCAGCAGCAGAACCAUGAACUGCGCCGGGGCCUGGCAGCCCGGGGAGCCGAGUGGGAGGCCAGGGCGGUGGAGCUGGAGAGGGACGUGGAGGCCCUUAGGGCUCAGCUCGGGGAGCAGCGUUCCGAGCAGCAGGACAGCGGCCGGGAGCGGGCUCGGGCCCUCAGCGAACUCGGUGAACAGAACCUUCGGCUCAGCCAGCAGCUGGCCCAGGCCUCGCAGACUGAGCAGGAGCUUCAGCGGGAACUGGACAGCCUUCAAGGGCAGUGCCAGGCUCAGGCCCUGGCUGGGGCAGAGCUGAGGACGCGGCUGGAGAGUCUGCAGGGGGAGAAUCAGAUGCUCCAGAGUCGCCGGCAGGACCUGGAAGCCCAGAUUCGAGGUCUGCGUGAGGAGCUGGAGAAGGGACGGGGCAGACUGCAGGCCACCCACGAGGAGCUGCUGCUGCUGCGGCGGGAGAGGCGGGAGCACGGUCUGGAGCUGGAACGCGCGCGGUCCGAGACCGAGGAGGCGCUGAGCGCGCUGCGGAGGCUGCAGCAGCGUGUCUCGGAGCUGGAGGAGGAGUCGCGCCUCCAGGACGCCGACCUCUCGGGAGCCUCGCUGCAGUUAGAGCUCGCCUACAGCCUAGACAGCGACCAGGACCAAAACCAGAACACUGACAGAAGCGGAGGUGCUCUGACCACUCUAUCCCCGGAGACCCAAGAAGCAUCCAGCCAGCAGCGUUCGCCCCAAGAGGAGAGGUUGGAGCCUCCCAGGAAGGGAGCAUCCCUGAGCCCAGAGGAGACAUUGGGAGAAGAGGAGGAGGAAGUAGUCCGGUUACAGGUUGAGAUGGCACUGCAGCAGGCAGAGCUACAGUCCCUGCGGGAGGAACUGCAAAGGCAGAAGGAACUGCGGGUGCAGGACCCCGAGGAGGCCUUAAGCAGCGCCCUCUCAGACCGAGACGAGGCCAUGAACAAGGUCCUGGAACUGUCCCUGGAGCUCAGCCGCGUUUCUCUGGAGCGGGACUCCCUCUCCCGGGAGCUGCUUCGCACCAUCCGCCAGAAGGUGGCGCUGACGCAAGAGCUGGAGGCCUGGCAGGACGACAUGCAGGUGGUCAUCGGCCAGCAGCUGCGCUCGCAACGCCAGCAAGAGCUGAGUGCUGCCGCCACCGCCCCGCGCCCCGCCCCAACGCGCUUCUCCCUGCGCCUGAGCCCCGGCCCCGCCGGCGGCUUCUUCAGCACCCUCUUCCGAAGGACCUGA